UUUUCUUCGAAACUAUCCAUAGCGAAAUGCCGGUUCCCAAGUUCAGUUUAUGGCCAGAACCUGGUCGGCGCGUGUAUUCGUUCUAAUUUUCCUUGUUGAACGGCUUACGAUCUGGCGUCCAUAAUUUUCGGUUACAAAUUUUCUAUGAAACGGUCGUAAUUAGUAAGGUAUUGUGUUAGCAUACGAAACAGGUUAUGCCAGUCUAUAAAUUUAAUCGGCGUCUUUACGAUGAAAAUGACUCAUACCGACGAAAUUCGUGAAGUUAAUUGAUGGUUUGUUCUGUGCGAUAUCAUGCAUUCGAACAGGAAACAUAUUAUCGUAUUACUUAUGCUAUAAAUUAGCUGUGCAUUUCCUUUGCGACGAUUGUGUUAGUACACGAAGUUAAUUACUACACACAGAGGCGUAAAACCCUUGACUAAUCUAACUGUGUGCUGUUUUUUUUCCCCAAACACGCACACGAUACUUAUCAGUGAGAUAGGUCAAGUAGCUAUGGCCCUUUAAUAAAACCGAUCAACAUAAACGGCGCUCGGAGGAUGUUGGGAAAUAUAUUGUGCCUUAACAGGCCAAGUGUUCAAUGAUUCGUAAAACAACAAAAAGACUACGUUCUCUCGAUGUAGCAUUAAACACCGGUGAAAUUAAACCUGUGAAUUUUAUGCGUUCAGAUUAUGCAAUUAUUGAAGUGACACGAAGGUUAACACACUUGGCUAACUCACGUGUGCCAAUUGCAAUUUUUGUCACGCCAAAGGGGUCGAGAAUGCAAGAAAAAAAUUAGAACAACCCUAUUACACCAGCUAAGUGCUCGACUUACAAUGGCCCUCGAUAUGAUAGACCGGAAAUGGCAAUCGAAAUUUGACAAACUGAACAAAUUUAUUAAGAAACGAAUACCGAUCAUUCGGUGGUUACCAGCGUAUAAUUCGGAAAAAUUUUUAAGUGAUGCUAUUGCUGGAAUUACCGUCGGCCUUACUGUUAUGCCGCAAGGACUCGCUUAUGCAACACUGGCAGGAUUAGAACCACAGUAUGGUCUCUAUUCUGCAUUCAUGGGAGCUAUGGUAUAUAUAAUAUUUGGGUCAUGCAAAGACAUCACAAUUGGACCAACUGCACUUAUGGCACUCAUGACUCAUGAAUAUGUUCAGGGUAGAAAUGCAGAUUUUGCAAUAUUACUUGCAUUUUUGUGUGGUUGUUUACAAAUUUUGAUGGCCUUUCUACGUUUAGGAGUACUUAUAGACUUUAUAUCAAUACCUGUCACAGUUGGUUUCACUUCUGCCACAUCGGUAAUAAUUGUGGCUUCUCAGCUCAAGGGACUUCUAGGAUUAAAGAUCUCCUCCCAAGGAUUCUUAGACACUUUAACAAAAGUUUCCAAAAACAUUCAUAAGGCUAGUCUGUGGGAUACUGCAAUGAGUUUUUCUUGUAUUGCUGUCUUGUUGAUGUUUAGGAAAAUGAGAGACAUCAAAUUUGGCUCCACCAAUGAAAAGCCAAAUAAAUAUCACAAGGGAUUGACAAAAAUGGUAUGGUUAAUAUCUACAGCUAGAAAUGCUAUUAUUGUUAUUGUUUGUUCUGCUAUCGCAUACAAGUUCCAAUCGACUGAAACUGGUUCUCCAUUCAUUCUCACUGGCCCAGUCAGAUCGGGUCUGCCAUCUUUCAAGUUACCUCCUUUUUCUACACAAAUUAGAAACGAAACCUUGAGCUUCACUGGAAUGUGUUCAGAAUUAGGUGCAUCUAUAGCAUUGGUUCCUAUAAUUGGGGUACUUGCUAAUGUGGCAAUUGCAAAAGCAUUUGCAAAUGGUGAUAAAGUAGAUGCUACUCAAGAAUUAAUAACAUUGGGAAUUUGUAAUGUGCUUGGGUCUUGUGCAAGUGCAAUGCCAGUUACUGGCUCGUUCAGCAGAUCUGCUGUAAACCAUGCAAGCGGAGUAAAGACACCAAUGGGUGGUUUAUAUACAGGAAUGUUGAUAUUGUUAGCUCUGAGUCUCCUAACACCAUACUUUUACUUCAUACCCAAAGCUUCCUUGUCAGCAGUUAUUAUUUGCGCAGUGAUGUAUAUGAUUGAAUACGAAGUAGUGAAGUUAAUAUGGAAGACCAGCAAAAAGGACUUGAUUCCAAUGUUUGUCACAUUUUUAUUCUGUCUUCUUAUUGGUGUAGAAUAUGGAAUAUUAUUGGGUGUGGGAACAAAUCUUAUGUUCUUACUGUAUCCCUCUGCACGUCCAACUAUACAUGUCGAUGAAUGUACUACUACUUCUGGAGCUGAGUACCUUUUGGUAACACCAGGAAAUAGCCUGUAUUUUCCUGCUGUUGAUUUUAUUAAAAAAUCAGUUGGUAAUGCUGGAAUAAAGCAGGGUUCGAGUCAAAUACCAGUUGUUGUUGAUUGCAGAUAUAUGUUGGGUGCAGAUUUUACUGCUGCUAAAGGAAUCGCAACAUUAAUAAAUGAAUUUAAUAAUCGAAAACAAGGUCUCUACUUUUACAAUCCUCGGUCGGAUGUAAUUGCAGUGUUGAAAGGAGCAUGUGGAGAAGAGUUUCAAUAUAUCUCUACUCAAGAGGAAUUAUCAUAUUUGUUAUCAACACAUCAAGAGAAAGCAUCGCAACAGCUGUUAGAAAUAGCACGCGACAAAUCGCACGAACCUUUAAUGCUGGGCAAUCGUGAAGUUAUCCAUCGGAAUGGACGUUCGUGUCAAGAACUUAGCGAAGUCACGACGACCUUGUUGCAUGCUACAGCUAGUUAAAAGACAGUAGCGUUGUUAUAUUUCAAAAAUUUCAUUUUGAUUUUUUCCCAUGGACUGAAAAUUUUACUUGUGCAUUUCAUGUGAAGAAAUUUAUCUUUACAGAAUUUUAUCGAACGUUUCUCAGUAUUAAGUAAUUUAAUAUUCGUUAUUACGAAAUGACAAAUAUAUUUAUUACAUGCAAGUUACUAGAUAAGUCAUCGAUAAUAUAAUGCAGUUAAGAAAAUGGAUUAUAUGACAGAUUUUAUAAUAUUGAUAAAAAUUGUAUAUAUAUAUAUAUAUAUAUAUACAUACAUAUAUAUACAUAUACAUAUGCAAUUAUGUGUAAAACCUUUGCGUACGUAAAAGACAUAUUCUUGUAUCUCUUGUUUUCUAUGUUUGUUGUGUCAAUCGGAAAUAAAUAUUUAGAUGUAAUUUCCAUUUGUGUAAAUGUAUACGAAUGAUACGUUUAUUACAGAUAG